AUGACUGAACCGUUCAAUAGGUAAACUAAUUCCACGGCGAGGUGUCAGUUUUUGUUUUAAUCAUGUCGCCGCUUGCAUCUCGUCAAUCACCGAAUAUUUUUGCAACUACCGCGUUUUUGAAUUCGUGCUUCUGGUUCCACCUGCUGAAUCCUACAGGUUGGUGAAACUUGCCGCCCGUGCAUUCUACGAUGAUUUCACCACGAAGGGCGACAACCAGCCGAAAACGGGGAGAAGUGACAAUCGCGGAAUGGCUGUUGUAGUCCUCGAUGCUCUUACCAGGUACAAUUUCUUCUGCCAUUUAAUUUCAUCUAGACUUUUGAUACGGGGAGGUGAAAAUUCAGAAAUAUAAAAACUUAUAUUGAUGAGUAACUUUUGCCUUUAUGCUGCAUUGCCUUCUUCUUCGUGUUUUUUCCUCUGUGUUCUUUAGAAUUCUUCUUUUUCUAUUAUGCUGAAGUUUCAAACCUAUAUACUCGAUUAUUAUAAUUGAACUUAUUUUUUUCAAUUUAAUGUGUUGCAAAAUGAAAUUUGAAACCACAGUUUUUUUCAAUAUAAAAUUAAAGUAAAAUAUUUUUCCUGGUUUCUCAUGAUUUUUUUUUGUCAGGCGUCAGUGGGUUCGGGAGGAAGAUUUGGCUAAGUCUUUGAAGCUGCACACCAAGCAACUUCGGCGCACAUUACGAUUUUUUGAAGAAGAGAAGCUGGUUACCAGGGAUCAUCGAAAAGAAGUAUGCAUCGUCCUUAAACUUAUUUGAAUAAAUAAUCAUAUUUAUGGUUUUAAAACAGCUUUUAAUUGAAUGUGAAAAGUCAUUAUUUGUCUCAUUUGAAAUCAAAAUGAACUAAUCUUUUUUUCAAAACUUUGCACAAUGUAGAAAUUGGCUUGGCAUAUGAUAUCCAUCGUCUCAGUAAACCUGACCAACUUUUUAAAUUUGCUGUAGCCUAAGUUAAGCUCCAACCUUGUGGAAUGUAAAGCCGCAUUCUAAGCAUAAACUAAUUGAAAGUCAGAUUUAAGUCUUAAAUCUUUCAUCGAUUGAGAUGUAGAGAGCAUUCCAAACGUAAAAUCUCUCAUCUGGUGUUUGCCCAAUCUAAAUUGCAUUAUCUGACCUAAACUCUGCAGUACAUGCUGUAGAAAGUUCACCAUGACUUUUUGUUUCAUUGCCAACUAUUUUUUUGGUCUUUGGGGCUCCUUAUCACUCUUUGCUUUUUGAGUUCCCUUUCCCAAUGCGCAAAAGUUCAGUGCAUGGAGGAUGGCGCAUCAUUAAAACUAAACCAAAAACCAAUUUUCAACUUUUUGAAGGGUAAGGAAAGUAACAGGAAGCUUUGCUUCUUCUCGCAAGUGUGUAGUGUUGUGUAUUUCAUUAGUCCUUAAAUAGAAAAGGGAAUGUGCUCCUCUAGUCUCAAGUAUGCUCUGAGAUACCCUCUGUAAAAAAAGUUCUAUAUUCCAUAUCAUUGGUUAAGACCGAUACCGUCCAACCCUUCUCAAGUCCUAGUGUUUUGUCAUUCUACGUUACAAGAAAGCAUAGCCUAUUCCCGUUUGACCUCGAGUAAGUUUCACAGCCCUCACUGCCUUUGCUGUAUCCAAUGUUUCCCCUUCUUCCUUAUUGCCCCAAAUGAUUGCAACACUUUUGGGCCAGUCUGAUUUCGGUUCAAAUUUGCAAUUGUUAACUCAGCAUGACCAAUUUUUGGUUGCUUUCUAAAAUAGGUGACAGUUGUAGGAUUUCUGAGGUUCUCGUGUCUUAAAAUGCUUCUUUCACCUUUAACUGAUUUUAAGAAUCAUUAUAAAAUGUAUCAUGUCAAUUUCUGUUUGCUCUAAUUUUACCAAGUUGUUGAUUUAUGAGAAACAUUCCCUAUCUUUUUACUCCUGAGAGUGAUGAAGUUCACCCGCUUGGAAUUCAGAUGUAUCUGUCUUAAUAUCUCAAUACUAGAUAUUUUAUAAUUUUAUGUUUUAACUAACAGGUCUUUUUGAGUCUCAUAUUUACUGAAGUGGUUGCAAUUAAUAUUUUAACUAUUGGUGGACCAUAUUUAAUAUUUUAACUUCUGGGCCAGUCUCAUAUGUAUUUGUGCUAGCGUUUUUGCUUGGGUGUUUAAUGUUUUUUUUCCUCUCUUGACUUCAUUGAUUCAGCAAUAUGUGUAAUGGCGAUGCAUUUGUUUCAUAAUAUUCAUUAUACAUCGACUUGUUGCAGACAGCCAAAGGUGCAAAGAUUUUUAGUGCCGCCAUUGCAGCUGCAGCUGAUGGUCAACAAGUUGGGAAAGAGGGCGAUGAAAAGACAAAGAUUCACACCCACUCCUACUGCUGUUUAGAUUAUGCCCAGGUUGAAGUGGCAGACUUAAAGUACCUCUCUCUUUUCUUUCUACGCUUGAAGAUCUAUAAAUUAACAUUUAGUUUCACUUUUCACAAUUGUUUCCUUAUAGUGCUCUCAUGUGUAUAUUCAUAGUAUUGUUUUGGGAUGCUUGUGAAUCAUUGCACUUGUGUGACAUUGGCUGUGGAAUCUAUAUCUUACUGAUGCAACUAUGCUAGCAUCUCACAUUUAAAUUCUUCAAAACCAUGUCUGAAUUAUAGUUAUCUUUGUAUCUUCUUUCUUAUAGCACUCCCUAGAGUUUACCUCUAGGGGUUUAUAAAGCACUUCAUAGAAACUAUAUUUUUAAAAGUUCCAUCUUUUUUAAGACAGCUUUCGAAAAUCUGUCUAACUAACAUCACUGAUACCUGUGCCCGGGAAGGCUUCCUACAGAUUAUCCCGUAUAGGAUUUGAAAUUAUAUUCUUACAUUAACCAAUCAAUCACAACCCUUAUCAUUGCAUUUGGGGAUGGCUGGGGAUCUCAAUAUGCCAUUAAUCUGCACCUAUAUCAUUUGACCCAGGUACUAGCUGUUCAAUUCUGAUACAGGUUGAUAGGCCUUGCAGAUGCAUAUUAAUUGAGGAUUUAUUUUUGGCUUUAUUGUGCAAUUAAUUGGAUGUAGAUAUAUGACGUUGUAAGAUACCGACUGCAUCGGAUGAAGAAAAAGUUGAAGGAUGAAUUGGACAACAGGAAUACGAUUCAGGAAUACAUAUGCCCCAAUUGUAAUAGAAGGUGAUUCCCUCGUGCUUUUGAAUUUUCAGACUAAUUUACUUUGACCAAUGGUAGUUAAACUUUUGAACUUAUGAUUUCCUUUCUAAUAUUUAUUUGCUCAGGUAUUCAGCUUUUGAUGCGAUGCAACUUGUGAGCAUGGAAGAUGAGUACUUUCACUGCGAAAGCUGUAAUGGUGAGCUAGUUGCUGAAAGUGACAAACUAGCCGCUGAGGAGAUGGGAGAUGGAGAUGACAAUUCUAGACGACGACGGCGUGAAAAAUUGAAGGACAUGCUCCAAAGGAUGGAGGUAAUUGAACAUGAUCACCCUUUUAUGCCUAUGGAAAUUGUGACUUAUCUAUGCCAUGCAGAACUUUAUGUAUCUAGAUUGUAAGUUUCCUAUGAUUAUGAGGUCUUUUCGAUAUGGAAAUAUUUUUAUAGUAUGGCGUGAAAAUAUGGAAACUGUAUACAUAUAAAUGCAUAUACUGACAUAACGAUUUUAUAUGGAAAGGGUAUACGUUUUUGCAGAUACUCUAACAUUUUAUGUUAGAGUGCCCUUGUUAGCCACCUCAGAAAGGCAAAAAGACAUGACGAUUUCCAUAUGAGCAUAACUAUUUCGCACGGUGCGAGGAAUGAAUUGAUAUAUUUGGAAUAAAUCUGGAAAAAAAUGCAGGAGCAACUGAAGCCAUUGACUUUACAACUUGCUAGAGUAAAGGAUUUACCGGCUCCCGAAUUUGGUACUCUACAAGCAUGGGAAGCUAGUGUGAAUGCUGCUGGUCGUGGAGGAAACAACAAUGGAAGUGCAACUGAUGCCUCCAAGUCUGCCCAGGGUCAAGGAUACGGUGGCACACCUAUGCCAUAUAUUGGCGAGACAAAGGUUUGCCAAUUUUUUUUAAAAAAUAUUGUCAGUGAUUACUCACAGAUAUUUUGUUAACCUAUCUUUAUGUAUCCGAUUCUUUUUCUUCUAAAUGCCUCCAUAUUUUCUCCCGUCCAUUGGCAAUAUGGCCGAUUCUGCUUAACUUUGAAACAUAAUUUGUUGUGUGUUUUCUUGACCAGAAGGCAGUUUUUUGGACUUCCCAUUCUUAGUUGAGCAGCAAAGACAUAAACAUCGCUGUGAGAGAGAUGAAUGCCCCUUUUGACGUAGUUAUACAAUGCAUUGCCUAGUUGUCUUACCUCUUUGGCUAUGCGUUGCUUUCGCCAUCCUGCUCGUCCAGAACAAACUUGCUCCGAAGAGAUUGUUCAUAAAUUCUGCUUUGUUACCGAAAAUGCCUACUUAGAUCAUAUGGUCAUCAAAACAUAAUGAUGAGGAAAUGACCCUGGAUUAUUUAUCAGAAUUUGCACUUUUGACACACAGUAGUAGAUCCACAUACCGGUGUUGAUCAUUUCUUAUACAACUAUCAGUCAGGAUUCGUGUCAUAUUUUAUCAUCAUUCAUCAACGGAUAUCCAUCCUGUUAUUGCUUAUUUGUUGAUCAUUAUCAGUCCUCGGUUGGGAACUCUCCCUAUUGACUGCUACUCAUUGCGAUCUAUGGCCAGUAAUAUUCUCACAAAUUACUUUUUCCAUUUCUUCCUCCUUGAUUACACACUGAGAAUGCAAGAAAUCUACACCCUGUCUUGGUUUUUUGUGGGGAUGAGGAGUCCAAUCUUAACCUAUGCGGUAGCCAUUCAUGAGAACUUUUUAUAGUAAUCUUAUUUGAUAUCUCGGUCUUCAUUCUUUGGCCUAAUUUGAAGUUGCCAUUGAUUUGAAAUGCUUGUGCCUUAUUGUACGCAUUUCUAGGUCGAAGUUACAAUCUUUGGUGCGGACGUUAAGGACGAGGGUGCAGAAACUGAGGCAGCCACCGCAUCCUUGAAGGUUUUACCUCCGUGGAUGAUCAAGCAGGGCAUGAACCUUACAAAGGAACAACGUGGAGAGUUGAGACCUGAUGCCAAGGUGGAUGGCAGUGAAGCGUACCGAGAUCAAUCCGAUGAGAAGAAGCAAGAACAAAAACAGGAAGAUGUGAAGAGCUUAGAGGUUAGUUGGCGAAUAAUAUUUACAUUAAGAUUUUCGAGCCAUCACCUGGCAGAUCGUUUUUUGCUUGACAUGAACUCCCACAGGAGGAAUACCUCACAGCCUAUUAUGAGGCUUACGCUAGAAUGCUAGAAGCUUCCAAGACGGCGCAGGGGGAAGCAGAAGUGUCUCAGCAAUCCACAUCCAGUUAUCUAAAUGGAGUCUCUGAUACUAAUUCUGCUCGUCAAGUUGGUAUGAAAGUCAAACGGGAGGAUGACGAUGACGGUGGGAUUGAAUGGGAGGAGGAUGUAGCUACAGGUAGAUAGAUAUAAGCGUAUUAAAUACAUGUUAAAUUCAUAUGAUGUGGGGCAUAUUUUUUCAGGUAGCCAUGGGUCUGAUAUGAUUAAUCAUUCUUCCUCAAUUUAAUAAUAUGCAUCAUAAUAGAAGAUAACCAUUACAGACCAUAUUUCAGCUUAUAUUUUUCUACUCUUCCCCAUCAACUCUGAAUAUGUUGGCACUAUUUCGCAGGCAUUUUGAAUGAAUUAUCAAUUGUCAACGAUCCAAACGCACAACCAGAUGGUUCUGGGGAUGAAGACGAUGAUAUAGACUGGGAGGAAGGUUGA